AACAAAAAAAUCUAGUCAUUUUUCAAAAGGAAUUAACUGAUCUUCUGGAUGACCAGUACUAGUGCUGAGUACAAGAGAAGGACUAAAUAUGUUCAGAAAAGUCUUAAUCCUGAGUGGAAUCAAACAGUAAUUUAUAAAAAUAUCUCCAUGGAACAGCUCAAGAAGAAAACACUGGAGGUGACAGUCUGGGAUUAUGAUAGAUUUUCUUCCAAUGAUUUUCUUGGUGAGACAUGCAGGUUCCCACCAUUGAGAAAUCCCAUAGUAGUCCCGGUAGCUCGAAAUCCUCAUCCAAAGGCCAUCUCCGCUCUCAUGGACCAUCUCGCGGUCAAAGCCAAACCAGCGUCACUCAGACCCACCUGGAAGAUGCAGGGGCUGCUAUAGCCGCUGCCAAAGCCGCCGUGCAACAACUCCGCCUUCAACCAAGUAAAAGACGCAAAUAAAUUCCUCAGCAUGGCAGCUUAAUGUUCAUCUGUUGCCUUUCUUUCCUGCUGUCCUUCCCCAUUUGCUUUGUUUUGUGCUUUCCCUGCUCCCUCUGUUCUCUGUCCCUUCGUGUAGGAACAGUAUCGAUACAUAAAUAUGCUGUCUCUCAUUUAGUUCUUUUUUGUUUUAAUUUACAUAGAACAAAAUAAAACUGGCUGUUUCUCCUUUGUCUCCACCAUCCAUCCAACCUGGCUCAUAGUAUUUGGUAGCUGUGUCUGUGAUGUGUGCAGGCAAAACUAUGUUGUGUGUCCUUUUUGUGUGCACUUAAAUAUCCUUUAGAAUACAGGAAUUAUAAGCACAAGUGGCUGCCAGUUUUCUGGGCAUUACACCAAAAAAAGGCACACACAUAAGCAUUUUGAGCAGAUUAGCAAUGAGAGUCUCACCUCUGAAAAACACUAAAAAAUUUUAGGCAGAAGAGUCAUGUAACCAACAGUCAAGUUCUAGAACCUAGGGGAAAUGGAAAAAACAUUUUAUGCUUAAAUUUUUUAAUAAAUUAUGCAUGUGAAAUAAUGAAGCUUUCCGUGUGAGAAACUUUCUAGUCUUUUGGAAAAAAAAUCUAAAGAAAAUAAUGUUUCUUAUAUUCUCAAAGAAGUAUGUAGUAUUAAUAUAUGUCUAAGUAUAUUCAAUGAGGCCAUGUUACCUCAUUAAGGAGCACAGUGGGGUCCAUUCUGUUGGAUCACACUUUGUAUAAGAUACAA